UUUAAUCAAUGGGUCUAACUAACACUGUAUUUUAAACAGCCAAAUAUGUGUUUUCUAAUAAAAAUUAACGUAUCAAUGUAUUUUUAUCACGCUUUGAAGGCUUUUAUUUAUGUCGUUGUUGGGUUUACGUGGGCAAAGAUCUGCUGGCGUCGUCGCAGUAACUCAGACCGAUCUGUCACAUAGACACUAACAAUCUGGCAACUGGAGUUAGCAGCUCCAUUGUUACAGCUGAGAUGAUCCACAGCCUCUUCCUCAUUAACCACACUGGAGACAUCUUCCUGGAGAAACACUGGAAGAGUGUCAUCAGCAGGAGUGUGUGCGAUUACUUCUUCGAGGCCAAGGAGAAGGCAGAAGAUCCAGAGAAUGUGCCCCCUGUCCUAUACACCCCACACCACUAUCUCGUUUCUAUCUAUAGGGGCAAACUCUUCUUCCUCUCUGUAAUCCAGACGGAAGUCUCCCCUCUCUUUGUCAUUGAGUUCCUGCACAGAGUUGCUGAUAUAUUCCAGGAUUACUUUGGAGAAUGUUCAGAAGCUGUGAUAAAGGAUAACGUGGUUAUUGUUUACGCGCUGCUGGAGGAGAUGCUGGACAACGGGUUUCCAUUGGCAACAGAGUCCAACGUCCUGAAGGAGAUGAUAAGACCUCCCACCAUUCUGCGGUCGGUUGUCAAUACGCUCACAGGAGGUAGUAAUGUUGGAGAUACGCUACCAGCGGGUCAGUUGUCUAACAUUCCAUGGAGGCGAGCUGGUGUAAAAUACACUAAUAAUGAGGCCUAUUUUGAUGUGAUAGAGGAAAUUGAUGCGAUUGUGGACAAAUCAGGUACAACAGUGUUUGCUGAGAUCCAGGGUGUGAUUGAAGCCUGUGUGAGGCUCACUGGGAUGCCUGAUCUCACUCUGUCUUUUAUGAAUCCUCGUCUUCUGGAUGAUGUGAGCUUCCAUCCAUGCGUGCGGUUCAAGCGCUGGGAGUCAGAGCGGGUUCUGUCUUUCAUCCCACCAGACGGAAACUUCAGACUCAUGUCGUAUCAUGUCAGCUCUCAAAAUCUCGUAGCCAUUCCAGUUUAUGUGAAGCAGAACAUCAGUUUCUUAGAGACAGGGGCUUGUGGUCGUCUGGACAUCACAAUCGGACCCAAACAGACCAUGGGGAAGAUGGUGGAGGGCUUGAAAGUCACUAUCCACAUGCCUAAAACGGUCCUCAGUGUCAAUCUCACAGCCACUCAGGGAACCCACACGUAUGACCUGACUGCAAAGGUGCUGGUUUGGGAUGUUGGAAAACUCAACCCCCAGAAGCUCCCAAACCUGCGAGGUAGUCUGAGUAUGCAGUCAGGAGCCCCAAAACCUGAGGACAACCCCUCAAUCAACAUGGAUCUGAAGAUACAGCAGCUGGCCAUAUCAGGUCUUAAAGUGAGUCGUCUGGACAUGCACGGAGAAAAGUACAAACCUUUUAAAGGGGUCAAAUACUUGACCAAAGCUGGGAAGUUCCAAGUGCGGACCUGAGUUUUGGUGACCGGUGAUCUAAUGUGCCGCACAGAACGUUAUCACACAGCCAAGCUGUUUCUCCAAAUAUUCCUUAUGAGUUAUCAGUCACGUUAUUAUUAACAAACGCCUCUGCAUUCUAACUGCUAUUUGUUGUAACGGAUGACUGAAUAAUUCUGUUAAGGGAAGCCUUAAAAUGUGAUCUUGCUGAAGUUCAGCUUGGUAUGGAUCACUUAUUAUUUGUUCCUAAUAAAAUUUAUUUUGAAUGUUUAAUAAGAGGAAUUUUUUGCUUUAAAAACAGAAACUCUUGCACAAAAUCACUGUUUGACGUGGCCUUGUAAGAGCAGUUAAAUGCUCACACACAUACCACAGCACAAGCUGCAUGUUUACUAGACAGGACAAAAGUAUAUUUUAAGGCCAUAUCAUAAUGAAGGGAUGAGGUAUAGCUACAAGUUAGGGAAUCAUGUUGAUCUGUUGGCAACAGCAGGUUUUUUAGAUCCUCACUUAUCCUCAAAUUCAACAACUUUACUCAGCACAGCUUUCUCACAAUCAGAUGUAAAAAAAUAAGUAAGAUAAUUAAAGCUUUUGUAUGAAGUUGAAUCCGUAUCUCUGUUAUAUGUCUUAUAAAAGCUAUAAAAUCA